AUGGCGACUCUACAGAAUAGGCCAAAGGUGAAUGAGAAGGUGGGUGUUUACAGCUUUGGCAUCGUCCUGCUAGAGCUUACAACUGGCAAGGUCGCCAAUGACAGCUGCGUGGACCUUUGCCUGGCGGAAUGGGCAUGGCAGCGGUACCAGAAAGGCGCGCCGUUCAACGACAUCGUCGACAAGGCCAUCCGGCAGCCUGCCUACAUGCAGGAUAUCCUAUCGGUGUUCACCCUCGGUGUCAUCUGCACGGGAGAGAACCCGCUGACGUGGCCGUCGAUGAAAGAGGUCCUGCAACAGCUCAUCAGGUGCGAAUAG